AUGCGCAGUAAGCGAAAGGGCAUCACUUCACCAAUUUGGCGAACGUUGCUGCCAAGAGCGAGGACGGUGAGGACUGGAGCUUGGUACGAUUCGAAAGCUUGCUUCUACAUCUUCAAUUUUACGUUUAAGAAUGUGAUUCUCUGUCUUCUGACGGUUGGCCGAAUUGACAAACAUUUCCACGUUCCAAAUGGAUCUGAGAUUCGUCAGUCAGUCGGUACUUCACGCGGAUUCGGACGUAAAUGGUCCGCGGACGAAAUUGUGUUCCGCAACUCGAACCCGACCGCGCCGAACGCACUUAGAACUCAGCUUUGGGUGCUGAUAUGUGUUGCGGAUGGCCUGCUAGGGAUCAUCACCAGUCUCCCUCCAGUCACCAGUCUCCACAAGCAAGCCAAAGAUCAAACAAUAAUCAGCAAUGGGACCGUUCAGUCUCGGAUAUAUCUCAGUAGAUUGAUUGAGAUUGCCGGCAAGAUCCAAAACUUGGAUGACAUGAACACAGCAUAUGGAUCCAGUACUGACCUUUACACACCUUCUUUGGAGCUCAUCAGGGAGUUGAAGUCGCUCGCUUCCCAGACUCCGGAACAUUGGUGGCUUAGAGAUCCGGGCCAUGUCAAACCUGAAAAUAUCGUACAGUUUAUACAUUAUUACCUCGUUAUGAGAGCUCACCUGCCCUUCAUCAUGCGACAGGCCUCAGGCGAAGAGUUUCUCUACGGCCUCUGCACCUGUAUGGAUGCAUGUGAAUCCGUGGUGCAGCGAUAUCAAGAACUUCGGGGGGCGCUUCCUCCGGGGUUCUUUCUUGCUGGGAUGUUGGAUCUGCAAGCAUUUACAGCGACGGUGAUCCUCCUUCUCACGUCGCACAGUACAUCGCACAGCUCGCCUUCCACUACUCGUUUCAAAUUGCGUAUCGACAAACCUAAGAUUGAAAGCGAGAUGAGAAAAGUCAUCAAGCUCAUGCGUGAAAGGUCCAAUGGCACCUGUGGCUCUCGCUUAGCCCAGGACAAUGUCACUACCUUAUGUUCCUUGAUUGAACUGCUUCAGGAAAACGAUAAUUCGGAUCAAGAACACCAACUAACAUUGAGGGUUCCUCUCCUCGGGAAACUGCAUGUCCGACGCAAACCCCAACCUGGCGAACUGAGGUUAUUUCAAGGCUCAUCAGAACAAGGUAUAAAUAAACCGAACGAGCAGUUGGCACCUGCAGCUCUUGGCACAGAUGCGUCGAUGGGGACUGCCUUGGCCGUGGAAGAAGAUUUGCAAUGGGAUAAUCUCUCUUGGUGCAUCGAGAAUAUUCACGAGAACUUUCUCCAAGAUUUUAUGGCGGAGGACUUUGAUUAG